UUAAAAACGUAUACAUAUCUGUUAUUUUAAAGCUUAUAAAGUACCUACUCUAUCUUUGUUAAAACAAAAAAUAUAUCAUCCAAAAAUGAUUUUAAUAAAAGUGUUCAUUUUUUUUAGAGUUUUAUCGUGGGUUAAAUCACAAAACACUUAUAUGCCUAACUUGCCUUUGGGAGAAUAUCGUACAGUAUUUGAUAAAGUAUAUCAAUGCGAAUCAACAAAAAACCAUUCAAUUAAAUUAAAUUUUUAUUUUAAUAAAAAAACACCAAGUAUAACUGAGUUGAAAGGAGAUGCAACAUAUUUGAUACCUUUAGACGAUACUCUUUUUCUUGAUGUAAACGUUGCGUCUUGGAGUUUAAUUGGUGGUUGGAAACCAAAUUCACUUGUUUAUAUAACAAAGAAUGCAUGCAGUAGUCUGAAAAAAGUACUAGGAAAUGCCUGGAAUUCAUUAAUCAAAGGUUUUAACGUUUCAUCAACCAACUGUCCUGUACCUGCAGGCACAUAUACUGCAUCAGGAAUUAAUUUGAAAGAAUUAGAAGAUCAUAACUGUCCUAAAAUAUAUUUUUAUGGAAAAUAUAAACUGUUGUAUAAGAUAAAAAAUGUAGAAAAUAAAGUUAUCACCUGCGGUGUUUUCGAAUUCCGUCUAUUACGACCGUGGGAAAACCCACUGGUCAUUUGAGUAAAUUAUAAAAGCAUAAUAAUAUAGAAUUAAAUAGUAAACAAUAUAAUAUUAUAUUAAUUAUUAGUUAUCAUAAUUAUUGUGUUGGAGAUGAAUGUUAUCUUAAUUUAAAUAAUAAACUUAAUUUACAUUAACCGUAUGUAGGUAGGUAUCUACUAACAUAAGGUUUUUUUGUAUGCACGACGAGUGUUGUAUUUAUAUAAUUUAUUAAUAAGCCUAUAUAAAGAUUUACAAUAAAUUUGUUCAA